GAACCAAUCAGCAGUUGUGUUGACAUCACGUAGGGUUAUGGCUACUACCGGUAAUGUUGCAUCAGAUUGACGUUUCAGUCAUUUUUGACAAUUGACAUUAAAUUAUAACAUUUAUCACUCCUUAUGUAUACUAGAGUACACCUCUAUUUACUAUUAUGCCGACUUUGCACUUUCUGAGAACUUCACUCCUGAAAUAUGCGCAUUUUCGUAACGUCGUGUAAGAUUUUUGUUGUCCAUCAAAAUUAAUGCGAACUAGCAACUCCGCGAAAUGUAUUAGGCUAGCUGCUGUAAAGUUGAACUGAGCCAUGUAGUUCAGUAGUAAUAAUCACUUUAUAAUAUUUGUUGUAUUCUGUCACAUGCGCCGCAUUACUGUAAGAGAAGUGUUAUACUGGGACCUGUCGUCGGUUAGUAUACGGCUGUGUUAAACUCUACAGUUAACAACAAGGAAAUUAUUAGCAUCAAAACAAAUAUGGCUAAGCAUGCGGUGUUGUCUGCUGGGACAAAAUUGUGGAGAUCCAUGGCUUGUGCUAAGUCAGAGCUGCGUCUGGAUCUCACUCUUGCCUGUGGUCAGUCCUUCCGCUGGAGAGAAACUGCAGAGGGACACUGGACUGGAGUGAUGGGAGGGCGAGUUUGGACUCUGACGCAAACAGAUGACACUCUUUGGUACCACGUUUACAAAAAUCAGAGAGAAGAAGAUGAUAGGAAAAGGAGAACUGGCAUUUCUCUACAGGAAGAAGACAGGACAACAAAGAGGUUAAAAGGGGUUGUAAAAAAGGAGGAAGCGGAGCCACUGGCUGUUUCUUCAGUACAGAACCACAAUGUGGAAGAAGAGCUCCUGAGAGGUUACUUUCAGCUGGACGUGAGGCUGGGCGAUCUGUACAGGGAAUGGGGAGCAGCAGACAGCCACUUCAAGUACAUCGCAGACAUUUUCACUGGUGUGCGAAUGCUGCGCCAGGACCCCACUGAAUGCCUGUUUUCCUUCAUCUGCACCUCCAACAACCACAUCUCUCGUAUUCAGGGCAUGGUGGAGAGACUGUGUCAGGCUCUGGGUGCCCCACUGUGCCAGCUGGAUCAAACCUCUUACCACGACUUCCCUUCCCUGUCUGCACUCGCAGACAGCAGCGUAGAGGCGUGUCUCAGGGACCUCGGUUUUGGAUACAGGGCUCGGUUUCUGCAGCAAAGUGCAAAGCAGAUUCUGGACAACCAUGGGCUGCAGUGGCUAGAAGGCUUGCGCAGAGUUCCCUAUCUGGAGGCCCGUCAUGCACUGCGUACGCUCCCUGGUGUCGGAAACAAGGUGGCCGACUGCGUUUGUCUGAUGUCCCUGGAUAAGUUGGAGGCCGUACCCGUCGACACACACGUGUGGCAGAUUGCUAAGCGUGACUACAAUUAUGCUGGUAGCAGUGGACAAAAGAGCAUCACGGACAGACUUCACACAGAUAUUGGGGACUUUUUUAGAAAGCUGUGGGGACCUUAUGCUGGUUGGGCUCAGUCGGUGCUGUUCUGUGCCGACCUCAAGAAGUUCCAAAGCCUCAAAGAAAAGCCGCAGAUGAAGCAGCCGAAGAAAGAAGAGGAAGAGGAAGGAGAAACAAUCUCAGUGUGUAAGAAAAGCAAAAUAAAACGAGAAUCAAAUGGAACUGUGAAGAAACCAGCAAGCCACAAGAAAGGGAAGAUGUCUGUCAAGAAAGAGAUGGUGGAGUGAGCUGGAGAGAAACUGCAGAGGGACACUGGACUGGAGUGAUGGGAGGGCGAGUUUGGACUCUGACGCAAACAGAUGACACUCUUUGGUACCACGUUUACAAAAAUCUGAGAGAAGAAAAUGAUAGGAAAAGGAGAACUGGCAUUCAGUGACAGGCUGCUGUCUCUGUCCUGCUUCACGGACAAGUUGAGGAGGUUGUUUGUCACUCAGGCCUCUUUUGGAUGUUUUUAUUCCGGGUCAUAUGCGGGUCCGAUUAAGCAUAUACAUGCCGGAGAAAAUCGUUUUCCUGAUGCAUUAUCAGCUGUAUUAUAUUAUGAGUGUCUUAAUCGGAUAAGGAGAAAUGUGAUUUCUCCGAUAGUCGCAGUAACGUGUUUACAUGAACUUAAGUUGUCCAGUUGAAGUCCUUUUAAGGCAAUACUUUGUUUUUUUCACGUGCGUGUAAAUGCACUGACUGGCCUCAAACAGCCCAACAAUCCCCCCUCCUCCGAAACUCUGAACUUUUCAGAAUCUCACUCAUUACGCCCGGAGAGAUCUUGUGGUUUCUGUCCUAUGAUUGAAGAUGUAAACAGGACUGACAGAGACGAAUGAGCUUCUCUGUCUUACUGUGGUGUCGCGUAGAGGGUCACCACAGUAACUGUGAAGACAUCACAGUUUUGAUGUCUUCACUAUUAAUAAAAUAAAGGAAAACCAUGGAAUGAGAGGAUACGUCCAAACCUUUGACUGGUACUGUACAUGAUUCAUUCUAAGAUGAUGAAAAAAAAAAUACUUAUUUUACAAAGAUUCUCAGGGUUUUUUACGUUUAUGUUUUAUUCACUGUAAUGUUUUCUUUGUCCAUGAGUUUAAUUAAUACUAACCUUUGCAAAAAAUACCAAAUACAUCUAUUACAGAUUUUAAUAAAACUAUUUCUGUGUAUGCA